GCCUGCUCGUACGAUCAGUGGUUUCAAGACAAUAUGCGCUUCACACAAGCGAGCUUUCACAAGUUGUGUGCUCUGCUACGUCCUCUGCGGAGGAAGCAACCGGCUACCAACACUAAGCACUCCUUUGAGACGCGAGUAGCUACAAUGCUCUACUACGUAGCCUCAAUGGGUGGCUUUCGAGAGACAGCACAGACGUUCGGCGUUUCAAAGAGUUGGGCUAUUACAGCUGUCAACGAGCUGCUCACUGCCAUCGCAGACGACUAUCGCCGCUACAUAUAUUCACCGUCGUCUCUAGAGGAUUGGAGCGCGCUGCAAGAGGCGUUUGAGAUCCGCGCCGGGGUGCCACUCGUCUGCGCUGCUGUCGAUGGAACGCUCAUCGAACUAGCACGGUUUGAAAACUACGAAGGCUGGUACUGCAGGAAAGGCUAUCCUGCCGUCAACUUGCAGGUUGUUGUAGACCCCCACCAGCGCAUCAUGUCGUUUGAUAUGCGACCUGGAUCCUGGAGUGACAAGAAGAUUUGGGCCGCGUCUCAUUUUGGGCAACAUAUUGAUGGCAUUCUUCCACCAGGCGGCUUUAUUCUCGGUGAUAAAGGCUACACGCUGUCAAAUGCAGUUCUGAUCCAUUUC